AUGGGUCUCACGUACAAUACAUACCUCAACAGCACGCGCAUCUACGGCUGCAAGGUCUGCAAGGCGCACCUGGCCAACCACGAUGACAUUAUUAGCAGAAACUUCCGGGGUCAACAUGGCAAGGCAUACCUCUUCAACUCGGUGGUCAACGUCGACGCGGGCAACGCGGCCGAGCGCAACAUGACGACGGGCCGGCACGUUGUGCGCGACAUUGUGUGCCGCGGCUGCGGCGACACGGUCGGAUGGAAGUACGACAAGGCGUACGAGGCGUCGGAGAAGUACAAGGAGGGCAAGUACAUUCUGGAGGCAGAGCUGCUGUGCCAGGUGAACUGA